AUGCGUAAUGUGUCAGGCACGUUGACUAAGCUUGGUAAGGUCGCCGCUGAUGGGUUACCAGCCUUGCUACGAGCACACGUUGAUGAGUACCGUGUUUGCUGUGCCCUAUCCAAGUUGCAUCACUUUUCUAUCGAGCAAAGUUGUUCAACUGUAAAGCGUAGACCAGAUUUGAAUCUGUGCGACAGCCUUAUGCCAAAUAGCAUCCUACGAGCGGUGUUGUGGGCAUUGGGACUAAGCGCGCUUAUUGGUAAUUUGUGUGUCCUGAUUUGGAGGCUUACACAGAAAGGGGUCGGAGGGGGUAAAAAAACGCUCUCCUUUAUGGUAGGAAAUCUGGCCAUGGCAGACUUCAUGAUGGGUGUGUACAUGUUAAUCAUAGCUGGUGCAGAUCUUUCAUUUGGCGAUGACUACUUUCUCGUGGCCCCUGAAUGGCGCUCCAGCAUAAUGUGUAAACUUGCUGGAGUCUUGUCCGUUCUGUCCAGCGAGGCUUCGGUGUUUUUUGUGACACUCAUCAGCGUGGACUGCUUCCUAGGCAUUGUCUUUCCGUGGAAAAACUUCUCUCUGGGAACGAAAUCAACAACAGUCAUUAUUGUUGUCUUAUGGUUUCUGGCACUUUGUCUGAGUAUCGUGCCGACACUUUCAUUGGGGUCCGAUUCUGAUGUAUAUGGACUUUCGGAUGUUUGUAUCGGCCUUCCUCUCACCACUAAGGCAUCUGGUGUGACCACGUUUGGUAAGAAGUACACUGAUCGAUGGGGGUGGAAAUGGGGCAUGGACAUUUCACAAACCACGGGUGAGAAACCAUCUUGGAUUCUGUCAAUCAUUCUCUUCCUUGGCGUCAAUCUGGUUUCGUUUCUCCUUGUCCUGUGUUGCUACGUCGCCAUCUUCAUCAGUGUCAAGCGGACGGCCAGUGCUGUCCGAACGAAUGCCCAUCGGGAGCGUGAAGUCAAAAUGGCAGCCAAGAUGGCGCUGAUCGUGAUGACGGAUUUCUGCUGUUGGAUGCCAAUAAUCAUCCUGGGGAUUCUGUCUCAGACGGGAACAGUCAGUCUAUCCACCGAGGUGUAUGCAUGGGUUGUGGUUCUGGGUCUUCCACUCAACUCGUCCCUCAAUCCUUUCCUUUACACUUUCUUCACAGUUUGUUGCGCGACUAAACCAAAGGCAAAAGCACCGAAAAGGAAUCAACUUGAACUAACCAAUAUGAACAAAGUUCAACAAACACAAAAGCAGUAG